AUGAAUUAAAAUGAUGAUAUAACUAUCAAAUGCCCAAAUUCAGAGCAUACUAACAAUGUUAAAUUAGUAUGUUUUGAUGAAUCUUGUAAAGGAGAGAGAUUAUAUUGCAUUUAAUGUAUAAAAAAUGGAAUUCAUGUUUCUCAUCCUUAACAUUAAGAAGAAUUACCUAAAUUAUUUGAACAUAUUUAAAAAAUUGAUAAGGAAUGUGAGGAUUUAAUUAAUAAAAUGACUAAAUAAAUGGAUUUGCUAUAUCAAGACUUUUAUUUAUUAAUUGGAGGAAUAAGAUCCAAAUAUCAAAUAUCUAAAUAAUAAUUCUUGAACUUAAAUUCUUAAUAAAUGAAUUCUUACUUAAAGUAAAGUGUAAAUUUCAGAUCUUAUGAAUAAACAAUCAAUUACUAAGUAUAAUAAUAAACAAAUGAAUUCUAAUCUUAAAUAUAAAAGUUAUUGUCUGAAUUACAAUUAACUCAAUUAACUUAUUAUCAAAUAUCUAACUUAAAUCUUAUUAAAUCAGAAGAAUUAUAUUAAAAAGGUAUUAAAUUUAUAAUUUAGGAUAUAAACUAUAUUGGAAUGAUUAAAAAUUUGAUGAGGCUAUUAAAAUAUUAGAUUAAGCAUUAAGUUUAAAUUCAAAACAUUAAUCAUCAUUAUGGUGUAAAGGUAUGUUUAUAUUUUAAUGUAAUAGCUGACAGUUUAAGAAUGCUUGGUUAAUAUAAUGAAGCAAUCAUUUGGGCAGAUAAAGCUUUGUAAGUAGAU